GCAGCAGAACCCACAGAGGCUUCUCCAACGUCAUCCGUCCUUGCCGCCCCCGCGUCAGCCUCCUCACCUCCUUCUCCCCAGGCACAAGCAAAAGCAAAGGCAGACGCCCAUGCUCAUGCCUAUGCGUCCCCUUCAAAACCAAGGCCGAUCAUCUCCUCCCCACACUCCCCCUCAUCCCGGUCUCCCUCCAGACCCUCACGCUCUCUCUCUCUCAUAUCCCCAAUCACCUUAGCCAUCCUCUCCCAGACCCUGUCUCCACCGCUACCCAGCCCUCCCCCCCCUCCUCCUUUUCUUCGUCCCCACCUCCACUUCCUCGUCAGCACCUCCGUCAGCACUCUGAAGAACACGCCAGAUCCUCGUCCACAUCGAUGCACACUCCCCACCAGCACUAUCCAUUCUUCCACCGAAACCACCAACGCCAGUAUAGCCACCCCCAAUCACCACCAGGGCCUACAUCGACCACCCUUGCCCAGUCGCCGCAUCGCCGCCAGAGCAAACCAAGCCCGGCUACAUCGUCCUCGACAUCUUCGUCUGCACCGUCGUCUCCUGCCUUCUCACUCGAUUCCCCACCGACCUCUCCCCAAUACCGCAUCGAUAACAGCAGCAACGCCGCAACAACUCUGCCCCCACUGCCGUACUUUCCCCCCCUGCCCUUUCCCCCUGAACUCGAGGACUUUUCGACUGUUGCGUCAGAGGAGGUACAACAGGAACAAAAACAGGAGGAACAACAACAACAACAACAACAACAGAAGCAUUUUCAGGACCUUCUUCUCGAUCCUGCGAACUCGAACGCGAGUACAAACGCAAACAUAAACGCACAAACAACAACAACAAACACGGCCAAGGCGUCAUCGUUCUCACCACCUUCCACGCCGCUGCUGCCGCCCCUGACAGGAAUGCUGGCAGCUCAUUCAGCAGGAGCGAAUGGAGGCUCACAAGCGAUUCCGAUCCCAACUCGUCCUGGGCUUUACAACAAUCGCAGCAGUAUUAAUAAUAGCAGCAGCAAUAAUAAUGAUUAUAACAAUUGCAAUAACAGCAGCAAUACCAGGAGCAGCGGCAGUAACAUUAGACCGGUGGUUAAUCAGAGCAACAGUUCAACGGGGAUAAAGGAGAGUGGCUUCGACCAUGGGAUCGAUACCAGGAUUGGGAACCAGAACCGCCCACGAAGGGACAGUAAUGGACAACAUCACCAUCUGGGCUUCCAGAACAACGGCCAGGCCAGCCUCAGUGUGGGCAGCAAUAGCCGGACAGCCUUGGUCAGCCCUAGUUCCUCGGGCCAGGGAUCGUCGUUGAAGAGCGAGUCAAGCUACCUCAGCUCGCGACGCAGUUCCAAGGAUUCGUGUGGUGGUCCCUGCGCAAAGAAAUAUUAUGGGAGAGGGGGGGCUACCAAUCACUGGGACGGCGCAUGAAAUGGCGGCAAAACACAAGAAUGCAACAACAAGAAGAAGAUAUGCGGUUGUUGACAGGGGUGGAAUAAUUGGUCGGGUCAAUUGUUGCUGGCGAGCCUAUUUCCGCUCAUUGUGCGAUUAUGUAUUGUGUUCUUUUCCCGCCAUUCUCUCCUUUCUUUUUCUUCUUUUUCUUCGACGUUCUCAAUGUACGGUCUUCUCCCCUUUGCCUCCGUGUAUGUGGUGCUUUUUAAAGAGUGUGAUUGUCCGAU